AGGGCGGAAGUCGAUGUCCCAGCGGAAGUGGCUCCUGCAAGGGCGGAAAGCAGUGCGGCCGGGGUCCUAGCUGGGGUUCCGUCCACGCUAGGCCGCCGCUAUGGAACUCAGCGCCGACUACCUCCGAGAGAAGCUGCAGCGGGACCUGGAGGCGGAGCACGUGGAGGUGGAGGACACGACUCUCAACCGCUGCUCGUCCAGCUUCCGAGUCCUGGUGGUGUCGACCAAGUUCGAGGGGAAGCCGCUGCUUCAGAGACACCGGCUGGUGAACACGUGCCUAGCCGAAGAGCUCCCGCACAUCCAUGCCUUUGAGCAGAAAACCCUGACUCCAGAGCAGUGGGCUCGUGCGCGGCAGAAAUGAGGGACCAGCACCAGCACAGCCAUUAAAUUAUGAAUCAGAGCCAGCUUCUGUGUCAGCAUGUUGUCUGUGGGAGGAUGGGAGGGAUGCUGAGCCUAGGGCCCAGCUUUCCCCUGCCCUGCCACUGUCAUUGUGUUACCUUGGACAUGUCCCUCUCCCUAUGUAAAAUGAGUGUUCCCACUUGUAAAAUGAAAAUUCUAUCCUUAAAGUUUUU